AUGAACGUCAAUUACGUCAUUUUGGCAACGAUAAAAAUAAAUUACGUUUUUUUGGUGCCUAUAAGCGUAAUUUACGUCAUUUUAGCUGCUAUCAGCGUUACUUACAUUACUUUCACAGUUAUAGGCGUAACUUACGUGACUUUUACAAUUAUAAACGUCACUUACGUUACUUUGGAUACCAUAAAUGUCAUAUACGUCACUUUGGAUACCAUUGGCGUAAAUUUCGUUACUUUGGCGGCCAUAAGCAUAAAUUACAUCACUUUGGCAGCCAUAAGCAUAAAUAACGUAACUCCAACGGUUAUGAACGUCAAUUACGUCAUUUUGGCAACAAUGAACAUAAAUUACGUUUCUUUUGCGCCUAUAAGCGUAACUUACGUCAUUUUAGCUGCUAUCAGCGUCACUCACAUUACUUUCACGGUUAUAGGCGUAACUUACGUGACUGUUGCAAUUAUAAACGUAACUUACGUCACUUUGGCGGCUAUAUAUGCCAUAUACGUGACAUUGGAUACCAUUGGCGUCAAUUUCGCUACUUUGGCGGUUAUAAGCAUUAAUUACGUCAGUUUGGUGGCCAUAAUCAUAAAUCACGUCACUUCGCCAUUUAUAAACGUUAAUUACGUCAUUUUCGCAACAAUAAACAUAAAUUACGUUACUUUGGCUGCAAUAGGCGUCACUUACGUAACUUUGACGACCAUAGGCGUUAAUUACAUAACUUUUGCGGCCAUAGGCGUCACUCACGUCCCUUUGGCCACCAUAUUCUUUACUUACGUGACUUUGGCAACCAUUUGCGUUAAUUACGUCACUUUGAGAGCUAUAGGUGUCAAUUACGUCACUUUAGAAAUGAUAUGCGUAAAUUACGUCACUUUGGUAGUUAUUGGCUUUUUUACGUCAUUUUAG